AUGUUUAGCAAAAUCGUAGCUUUUGGCGCCCUCUUGGCGGCUGCCAAUGCAGGCCUAUAUGGUCAUGGUCAUGCUGUCUCUUCUCAGAGCAUCAUCCGUCACGAUGAGGGACACGCUCCAGCACACUAUGCCGUUCCCUUAGCCCACUAUGCUGCCCCUGUAGCACACUAUGCCGCCCCCGCUACACACUAUGCUGCCCCCGUUGCCCACUAUGCUGCCCCCGUUGCCCAUUACGAUGGACAUGACGAAUAUGCUCAUCCCAAAUAUGACUACUCGUACUCCGUUGCUGACCCCCACACCGGUGACCACAAAUCCCAACACGAGAGCCGCGAUGGUGACUCCGUCCACGGAUACUACUCACUCCUGCAGCCUGAUGGUUCCGUGCGCAAGGUCGAGUACACCGCUGACGCACACAAUGGUUUCAACGCCGUCGUACACAACUCUGCACCUUCCCUGCACAUCGCUCCCGCUCCCGCCCACCAUCAUCAUUACUAGAAAACAAUCUGAAUAUAUCUAAUUAGCUUGCCUUAUUUAUAUACUUGCAUAACUAUCAGGAUGUAUGCGUGUGUGUCUAAUGAAAACUGUAAAUAAAGUGUGACUGAAU